AAAUUAAAUAAUAAAUUAGGCUUGUGUUAAAGUGUUAACUUAAGUUUAUUAACGGUUUGGCGGUGCUGCAUUACGAACAUGCAUGAGGAUGACUUGAAAAAUCAAUUAACAAUUGCGCGCAACGAGAUAAAUAACUUGAGACAGCAAGUGCGCAACUUACAACAUGUGCAGCGCAAGGACAUUGAAACAAUAAACCGGCUGCUGCAGGAUUUUCGCUGUGAAGGCUGUGCCAGCAAAAAUGCUAAGAACAAGGACAAACGGGAAACGAUUUUACUUCAGACAACCAGCAAUAAUGACAACAAUGUGAAUGUUUGCGCUGAUGUGGCUCAGUUCAAGCCAAUCGGCGUCAUUCGCACCGCCUUUCCGGAGAAACGCGCCGUGCCACGACAAUCAAGCGUUGGCAGUCGACUGCGCAGCAGUGUCCAGCUAAGCGAUAGUGUCUUUAAUAAUCCAGAACACUCGCUGGAGGGACUGUGCGACUUCUCGCAUAUGUGGCUCAUCUAUCACUUUCAUCGCAACAACAAUCAUCCGAAGGCAAAGGUUGCUCCACCACGUUUGGGCGGAGAACGUGUUGGCGUAUUUUCUACACGUUCGCCACAUCGUCCCUGUCCCAUUGGAUUGUCGCUGGUGGAAAUCGAAAAGAUUGAAGGUGCCACUAUAAGCUUCUAUGGCACUGAUAUGGUAGAUGGCACGCCUGUGAUGGAUAUCAAGCCUUAUAUACCCUAUUACGAUGCACCGGUGCUAAGCAUUGACACUGGUCUUACUGCCGUUAUUCCAAAUGAAAACAGUGCAGACUUUUAUGAUUCACGCCAGGAACCCGACGGAGAAGAGUCCGAUCUCGAGUUAUAUGGUGCCGCAGGCUUCUCGGCCAGCAAUCCAAGCGCAGAUGGAUCAAGUGAUAAUGGGAUGCAGGCAGCUCCACUGCCACCAUUGCCCAGCGAUGUACGUGUGCCCAAUUGGGUGGUGGCCAGUCAUCGCCUGAGCGUUUACUUUAAUGAGCAUGCUGAGGUGCAGUUACGGGAGCUGCAGGUCCAUAAACAAUGCAUUGUGGACAUAUUGGAAGCUGAUCCCCGUUCCGUGUAUUUACGCACAAAAUACGGCUCACAGAUCUUCACUUUCCAACUGAGCGAGGUCACAGUUACGUGCAAGUUUGAUGACAAAGCCGGCAGUGUGACUGUCGUCCAAGUGCGACGCAACGAAAACAUCCAAGUGACUGCACUCGAUGGCGAACCACGCAAUAAUUAAUUAUUAAUGAACGCAUUUUCAACAUAAGUUUUAGACUCUGCAUUCUGUACCCUGAACUGCUUAUAGUAAAGUUAAUUAUGUGUUAUUUUAAGUAUACAAGUUGAGGAGCUUUAAGAUUUAAAACAAUUUCAAUUUGUCGGUUGCAUAUUAAAUAUACGAGGCAUUAAUAUAUAAA